AUGGCCACAUCAGGACCGACGAGCUCUCCGGAGGGCCACCCAGCCUCGCUGGCACCCAACAUCACCUCCGCACGAACAUCAUCCGACGACUCUCGCGACCCGAAGUACCAAGCAGGACUGAUGCCGGCCGAGUACGCGGGCCUGGAGGUGGCCAACAACGACGACAGGCAUUACCAGACUGCGGCACCUGGCGGACCAGGAUACUACGUGCCGUACCAAGACAACGUCAAGCCCCCAUCGGGAUACGACCAACAACCGUACCAACAACAGCAGCCGUACCCACAAUCGGCACCGACACCAUCGGCGUACGGCGGAGACUAUGCGGCAGCUCCGCCUCCGGGGAAGGGAGAGAAGCGGGUAUGCGGCAUCCGGGCGGCGACGUUUUGGAUGGGGUUGCUGGCGUUGAUAUUCCUUCUCGGCACAAUUGGCGCGUCGGCGGCUGCUGGUACAAUUGCUCAGCAGUAUGCAGGAUACAUCCAAACAUGCGACGCUAAGCUGGAACAAUCAGCAACACAAGCAUCAGCUUCAGCAGCAGCGUCAAACUCCGCGGCAACAGCCUCAGCGUCUGCAUCAAACACUGCCUCUGGAACCGCCUCAGCAACGGCAGCAGCAGCAUCCGCCACAGCAACCGGCUUCACAUCGAUUCCCCUGCCCCAACAAGCCUCCUCGAUCUUCGGCGAGGCUACCUCAAACUGCCCGAACCUGUCUGCCGAGAAUAAGACGUACUCUGUCCCCGGGAGCAACCUGAAGUUUGUCCGCGAAUGUGGCAAGAACUAUCCUUUCAACGACUUGGGAUACAUCCCAUUGACUAGGAUGGAGGACUGCAUGAACCUGUGUGCUGCAUUGAGCGUUACGACGCAGAGUGCCGACGGACCGUGCAUCGGCGUCGCCUGGGUCACUGCCGGCAAGCAGGGUACGGACCAGAACUACUGCUGGUUGAAGAGUGCGAAGGGAUCGCCGGACCCGAAGGCCAAUGUUGAGGCUGCUUGGCUGUCUUUGUCAUGA